CACCUAGGCUACUACGCUGUUCCGCACCCGGGGGCGGUCUUCUUCAGCUACUACUUCCCCGGGAUCAUCUCAUGAGCAAAAUUCAUUUCCGGGUGCUUCUCGAGUUCCAGCUACGGCACCAUUUCCAGCUGCUCAACCUGACCCGGGUGUAAUGCAGGUUGAACUAUUGGUUCAACAACCCGGUCGAGACCAUCUCCGGGUGCUUCAUCCCCAUCCACAGGGACACACUACGUGGUUCAACAAGUCGGGCAAUGGCAUCAGCGGCAUCAUCAAUAAUAUGAUGUAUUCCAUGCUCCGCAACGGACAUCCGACGUAUAGUGUCAUCCCUACCGAGGAGCGAGAUUUGUGGUUUCGUCAGUUUGCGCAAGAAUUCAACUGGGAAUCUGGACACACCGAAACUGUCCGUCAUGCAUUCCACGCAAAGGCGAUAGAUUCUUAUACCAAGCAGAUCUAUGAGUCAGCUAUGGCUUAGGGGCAAUAAACCGAGAUUUAUCAACACGACCAUUUGGGAAGAGCUGCAGGUGCAUUGGGAGAAGCAGGAGACUAUAGAAAAGUCACUGCGAAACUCAGCCAGUGGGAAGAGCGAUCAAGGCGAGAAAGGUGUUUAUGUUCACAACCUCGGUGCUUGUACCAUGUCUUCUAAAGAAGAC